UUUUGAAUUUGAUAACUUUUCUUUGGCGGGUUCGCUAAGCCGCGUGAGGCACGACCUCGUGGGUUGCAUAGGGAAGCUCAGGACGUUUGCCGUGUGACGAACCACCCCGGUUCUUAUCUGAGGAUAUCCUGGUCAUGCGUACACACGCACACACACGUGUGUUGUGUGUGAGUGGUCUCAGUCCUACCCAAAGAUCGGUACUACGAGCUCUGUGCUCUUCCGUAGGGGAACGGCUAGCUGUCUCGAGAGACCCGCAGCAGACCAAGAGACACGUUAGAAACCAUUCACACAAGUCAAGAUGCCAGGCCAGUGUCCACGCUGCCAGAAGGCUGUGUACUUUGCUGAGGAGAAAAUCGUCCUCGGUCGACCGUACCACAAGAUGUGCAUCAAGUGUGCAAACUGUAACAAACUGCUGGAUAGUAGCACCUUCACUGAACAUGAUGAGGAGAUGUACUGCAAGAGCUGCUAUGGCCGACUGUUUGGACCCAAAGGCUAUGGCUAUGGUGUUGGUGCUGGUGUGCUCUCCAUGGAUGAUGGCAGCAAAUAUCAGAAUGGACCUCCUAAGAGCAACAUUCCAGCCACCAUGGAAGCGUACGUGGCUCCCCUGAAGGAGUCUGCUCCAACUGGCAAGCCAACACGACCCAAGUGGGGUGGGGCAGACUACUGUGUGAGAUGCUCUAAGCAGGUGUUUAUGGCAGAGCGUAAGAUGGCUGCUGGAGGAGCCUGGCACAAAGCUUGCUUCAACUGUCGCGAAUGUCACAAGUGCCUAGACUCAAAUUCCAUCCGGGAGCGAGAUCAAGACAUUUACUGCAAUCCCUGUUAUGGAAAGAACUUUGGACCCAAGGGAUACUGGGGAUGGUCCUCUGCUAAAGUGUCAUAAAGGUAUCCCAUUUGUGCAUGUAAGUCAUUUAUUUGUUAAAAAUGUAAUUUAAUUUGUGCAGAUUAUCUUAUGGGCAUCAUUUAAAGGACUCGUACAUAGCAAGGGUAGCAUGUCUGUGCGCACACAUGCAGCAUGUUGAAAAGUUAUUGUAUAUGGAUAUUAAAUAUAUGUAAUUUAACAGAUACAAAA